AUGAUUCAUCAGGUUGCAACUGAAUCGGAAUGCGAACGCGAUCUUUUUAACGAUGAUGUGAUUCAAUGCAUCGAUGUGCCGGAACUGAUUCCAAAUGAAAUGAGCGACGGAAGAGAAGUUGAGCGCGGGGAAGAAAACAAUACGCGGGCUCUUACAGUUCGACAAUCUCUACCGGAGGUCAGUUUACAGUUUUCAGACACCAUAAGCUGUGCCACCCCGUCCAAUCCCAAACGCGCAAUACCAGCCUGGGCGCGUCUACAAUUACGCGAAGCGCACUUCGGCCAUGUUUUCCAUGAUAGUAUCUAUCAUGCGUUGCGUUUGAAUCAAAGACUUCAGCGAUUGCUGCGUUCAACUGUCCAGAUUGUUGACGUUUGGCUUGUUGGCAUAAAUGCCUCGCGGCGAGAUCUUGAAGCAGAUUUUCGGGACGAACACCGUGCAAGAAAACAACUGUGCAUCACGAGCGCUGAAGAACCCUUCCACCUGAAUGUCAGAGAUUCCAUCGAGUUUAAUUUGACUUGCGAAAAAGGAAGACAGAUUGAAGCUAUUUACACCCCACCCGUGCCAGGAAACUAUUUCCGGACGACUCAGUCGUGCAAGACUGGAUCAGAAUCCACAGAUCCUACCACGCGGCUUGCUUGUCAUGUCGUGGUGCCCAAUCAUGAUGCGUUCCUAUCUCCGUGGAAUCUUUUUCGCCUUCUAGUUCCUUACAAUUUCCGCAAAGUAAAUUCAUGGAGCGCUGCUGAUGAUCGCCUUUUGAGGCAGGGGGUCCACUACUUCUUGCAACGUCUGAGAUUAAGGUCCCGCCAGCGAAAAAGUCUCAAAGAAUUUGCAGGCAUGGGUGUCAUGGGGAUGACCGAUCUUCUCGAUCAUUCAAGUGGUGUUCAGGCGUCGUGGAGAGAUGCAGAGAGCAUAAACUGGCGUGAUCUGGUUGAGGUAUAUUUGCCGAGCCGUCAGCAAGAUGACUGCCGCUUGCGGUGGGCAAAUUGCCGUGACCCCCGCCUUGAACAAGUUGCAUUUACAAAUGAAGAAGAUAAAAUCCUCCAAGAAUUGGUGCAGAAAGGAAGUGAUUCCGAUUGGCUUACAAUUGCAAACUCCUUGUCAGCGCCUGAACGAGGACAGGAAAAAAAAGACUUCCUCCUGCGCUCGGCUACCCAAUGCGCUGGACGGUACCAAGCAUACCUAAACUCAAAACUAAUCAGGAGCACAUGGGAAGAAACAGAGGAUUCGUAUCUUCGUCGAUUUGUUAAUAGAAACGGUGCGGGGCGGUGGUCUGAGGCAGUGCUCACACUUCCAGGCCAUACGCAUGCACAGGCACUUCAUCGAUGGCAAAAGGUUCUAACACCUGGUCGACGGAAAGGAACCUGGGGAACUAAUGAAGAUAUCAAACUUCGUUUAGCGGUUUCAGCUUAUGCGCACGUCAAAGGACUCAAUGAUGCAGUAAAUGAACAUAAUACAGGUCAUCACCAUUUCGUAAGCUCAGAGACAGAAAAUAUUUCUGAUCGCAGCACAUGGGAAUUGCAAUCGAAACGCACUGCAAUUGCGCUUCCGUGGUCAAAAAUUUCGUCGCAUGUUGCAUCCCGAACCGAUGUACAGUGUCGAGAACGUUGGACCAACGUCCUGAACCCAAACCUCGUUAGGCCUGCAACCAUGACUUGGAGUCAAAGAGACGAUGCUGAUCUUCUUGAUGCAGUUGAAGAAUUUACAACUGCAUCGAGUGGCAAUAUGCACCUUAAUAACUCUCGCGCAGCAAUAAUCGCUUGGUCCCAUGUUGCUGAGCGCCUGGGACGUGGACUGACUGACAAAAUGUGCCGAAAUCGUUACAAAAGACUCCUCCGGGUACACAAAUGUGUUCAACCUUCCUAAAACGGUGCCAAUUAUUAAUUAUCGUUAUACGAACGAAGAUACAAGUAAAGUAUCCGCAAGGGUACGGCGAUUAAAUAUUGGGAAUUAUUAAAAUAUUCGACUAAAUAAUUGCU